ACAAGCGCGACGCUAGCACGAGGCGACGCCAAGACGGACGGGUCUGCCCCUUUGCGGCGUCCCUCGGCGAUCUUCGGCGUGUUUGCCGCUUGGGGCGCGUCGGAAGUCCACCGACGAUGACGUCAUCAGCAGGCCUUGUCUUCUAGAGGAACGGUUCGGUUUUGUCUGUCGUGAGGCCUCUGCGCUGUCCCAGCGCUGCGAUAAAGAGGGGAGUGAAAAUAGGUCAGGCAUUAAAGCGUCCGGAACAACUUUCGCCGCGGGUUGUAAGAGGUUUUGGGCGACGCACAUUUCGGCAGGAAGGUCAUCCAUCUCCUUCUUCGCGCCCCAAAAUUGGACCGUCAUGACUACUCAAGACAGGGCGCAUCCAGUUAUCGAACGGGACCGUGUCUACAGAGAGAUCGAGGGGCUCUACCUCAGCUACUACUUGCCCGACAAGAGCGUCCUGUCAGCCCUCGCCUACAAGCCGAAGCCAGGGGAUGUGUUCGUCGUGAGCUACCCGAAGUGCGGCACCACCUGGAUGCAGUUCAUCCUUUUCAACAUCUUCAGCGGCGGUGUUCCUCCCAAGAGCAAGGCCGAGUUCCGGCUGAAGACACCCUUCCUCGAGUGUACGGGUGUCGAGUGCGUGGCCAGGAUGCCCGGACCGGGAGCCAUCAAGACUCAUCUCCCGUUCCACAAGCAGCCUUACUCGAGAGACGCCAAAUACUUUUACAUCACCAGGAACCCUUAUGAUUGUUGUGUCUCCUACUACCACCACAAGAAGAUCUUGCCGGCCUACUUCUUCGAAGACGGCACCUUCGACGAGUUUUUCGAAACGUUUGUGGAAGGGAAGGGAGAGUACGGCGACUACUUCGACCACCUGCUCUCCUGGUACGAACAUCGUGGCGAGCCCAAUGUCUUCUUCCUGACUUACGAAGAUCUCACGAGGGACACCAGGUCUUGGAUCGUCAAGAUGGCCGAUUUUAUCGGAAAAGAGUACGGCGAACGAGUGAGAGCAGAUCCGGGUCUGGUUGAGCUCAUUCGGAAGAUGUCAAGCAUAGAGCACAUGAAGAACGUGCUCAACGAUGCUUUUAAGACGCCAUCACAAGACGUGUCACUUCCCUCCGAUGAGACGCCUGAAAAGCUAAGUUUCGAAGAGUUCAUGCAAUACAUGGUCAACAAACCAAUGACCGGAGACUUUGUGCGCAAGGGUGUGAUUGGAGACUGGAGAAGCUACUUUUCGCAGGAACAGGUCAAACGAAUGAAAGAUCGCAUUGCUCUGAAAACAGCGGGCAGCGAUGUGAUGGCAUUGUGGAAGGACGUGGACCUCCCGUGACGGGAGUGGGCUGUCAUAUUUUCCCGAUUUCCUUCUGAGUAUCUCGUUGUAAUCUAAUUAUGCGGUGAUUAAUUGAUUAUGUGAUUUCUGUGUACACACACAUUCCAACGCCGCCUGAUGAGCAAUUAAAACGUACUCAAGAUGUCUGUUUUUCAUCCGUA